GCAACCGGGUUCCAAGUCAGUGUCUCGCCCCAACAAGUGGCCUUCCUUAGAGUUCUAGUCCCACCAGCGGGUCUCAGCUCUUUCCUGUUCACGGUUUUUCCUUAUCAUUUCCGAUUCUCCCCUCUAUUGGUUCCGAUAUCACCCAUGGUGUGUGUCCCCAAGCUCUGAACCGGCUCUUAAAAUGAGUUCUCGUGGUUCCUACCUGGGAACCAACCUCUGGCGCCUCUGGCCCGCCCUCCCCGGGCUCUGGUGGCUGCUGGGGCUGGGGCUGCUCCUGGGGCCUCAGGCCGCUCUCUGCGCGCCUUUUUACCUCCCCAGGUUGGCUCCGGUCAACUUCUGCGAGGCAGACCGAGAGACUCCUACCUGCAAGUCAUCUGUAGCACUAUUUGUAAAUAGGUUGGAUUCAGUGGAAUCUGUGCUACCUUAUGAACAUAAUACCUUUGACUUCUGUCAAGACUCCGGAAAGAAAAGCCCUUCUGAAAAUCUUGGACAAGUACUAUUUGGAGGACAAAUCACAUCAUCUCCUUAUAAGUUUUCUUUUAAUAAGACAGAAACGUGUAUAAAAGUUUGUGUAAAAUCUUAUGACACAGCCAAUGAAGAUCAAAAGAAAAAGCUGGAUUUUUUGAAGAAAGGAAUACAACUGAAUUAUCAGCAUCACUGGAUUAUUGAUAAUAUGCCAGUGAUAUGGUGUCGUGAUAUUGAAGGCAGAGAAAAGUACUGCACACCAGGAUUUCCGAUUGGAUGUUUUGUUACCAAAAGUGGUAUAGCCAGAGAUGCUUGCGUUAUCAAUUUGGAAUUCAAUAAAAGUAAUACCUUCUACCUCUUCAACCACGUUGAUAUUACCAUUACAUACCACAGGGAAAAUGAAACAAAUUGGAGUAUUGCAAGAUUGGUUUCUGCUAGACUUGAUCCCAAAAGCUAUAAACAUUCAGAUGAAAACCACCUCACUUGUCAUGGACCGCCUAUGGAAAUUCCUGGAGAAUAUACAGAUAAGUUGAAUGUAACCUACACUUACUCUGUGAAAUUUGAGGAAAAUAAAAAUAACAAGUCAGGCUCUAGAUGGAAUUAUGUUUUGGAGUCUAUGCCUGAAACCAACAUUCAGUGGUUCAGUAUUAUAAAUUCCUUUGUUAUCAUUCUCUUCUUAUCUGGAAUGGUGGCUAUGAUCACACUAAAGACUGUCCAUAAAGAUAUUACCAGAUAUAAUCAGAUGAGAUUUCCAGAAGAUGCCCAGAAGGAAUUUGGUUGGAAGCUGGUUCAUGGGGAUGUAUUCAGACCUCCAAGGAGCAGAAUGUUGCUAUCAGCUUUCCUGGGUCAAGGAAUACAAGUUUUGAUUAUGACGUUUAUUACUUUACUUUUGGUGUGUCUUGGUUUCCUCUCCCCUGCCAAUCGGGGCGCUUUAAUGACCUGUGCUGUUGUAUUAUGGGUCCUUCUGGGAACCUCUGCUGGAUAUGUGUCUGCUAAAAUGUAUAAGACAUUUCGAGGUGUUCAGUGGAAGACAAAUUUUUUGCUGACAGCACUGCUGUGUCCUUGUGUCAUCUUUGUGAAUCUCUUCAUCAUGAAUCUAAUUCUUUGGGUGGAGGGGUCAUCGGCUGCCAUCUCCUUUGGUGCUUUGAUAGGUAUUUUUGCAAUGUGGCUUGGAAUUUCAGUACCACUAACAUUUUUGGGUGCAUACAUUGGAAGCAUGGGAAAGUUUAAGCAUCCAGUUCACAUCAACCAGGUUCCCCGCCAGAUUCCUCAGCAAACUUUCUUUAGGAAACCACUUUUUGGAAUGAUAAUUGGUGGUGUUUUACCUUUUGGCUGUACUUUUAUUCAACUUUUUUUCAUCCUAAACAGUAUUUGGUCUCAUCAGAUGUACAUCAUGUUUGGCUUUCUUUUCUUAGUCUUUAUAAUUCUCCUGAUUACUUGUUCAGAAGCUACAGUGUUGCUGUGUUAUUUUCAUUUGUGCGCUGAGGAUUAUCAUUGGUGGUGGAGAGCCUUUUUUACCAGCAGUUUUAUGGCUGUUUAUCUUUUUAUGUAUACAGUUUAUUACUUCAUUACCAAACUUCAAAUCGCGGACGUUGCAAGCACUAUUUUGUACUUUGGGUCCUCGAUGAUCAUGGUCUUGAUUUUCUUCCUUUUCACAGGGACAGUUGGAUUUUUUUCCUGCUUCUUUUUUAUUACUAAAAUCUAUAGUGUGGUGAAAGUGGAUUAAAGAAUAUCUCCAAAGGCUUCCAGGCACAUCACUGUUGCUUUUGAAUAUAAAUCUAGAUCUAUAUGAACAUCUGUCGAGAUAUGUCUGUGUGCUUCCAAUGGCAUGUUUUAAAUAUAUAUCAAUUUAAAA